AUGUCGGCCUCCGUGGCUCUCCGUCCCUCCAUGACAUCAUCUGCAGCCACUAUGUUCAAAUAUGCCAGGGCAUCUGCGACAACGGGAUGCAAAUGCACCGUCCGCCUUUUCUGUUCAUACCGACCGAACUAUCAAUCAUCUAGACGUGACAUGCAGACUGCCACCGCCUUCCAACCUCAUACUCUCCAGAACAACUUCCCUCCGCCCCGUAACGCCGGCAUACCAGACACAUCCAUUGCUGCCGAUGCUCCGUUCAACACCGAAAAGAGUGCGUAUAAUGCAGCCCCAUCCUCAGACCGGCAAUCGUCUAUUAGUGCCAGAGAAGGCGAGACACAGAGGUCCUCUCCUGUUCAGUCAGCCAGCACAACCUCAACUACAACUACAUCUUCAACCAAUCCUCGUCGUUCAAGACUUCGUCCCAGAAAGGCAGCAAUGACCCUUACCUCAACAGCUGUGGCACAGUUGAAAACAUUAUUAUCUCAACCAGACCCGAAAAUGAUCAGAGUCGGCGUGAAGAACCGUGGCUGCUCAGGGCUUGCUUAUGCUCUUGAAUAUGUUGAGAAACCUGGAAAAUUCGACGAGGUUGUUGAGCAGGAAGGGGUCAAGGUCCUUAUUGAUAGUAAGGCUUUGUUCAGUAUUAUUGGAAGUGAGAUGGAUUGGCAGGAGGACAAACUUAGUCAACGUUUUGUGUUCCGCAAUCCAAACAUAAAGGAACAAUGCGGUUGCGGCGAGUCCUUCAUGGUCUGA